AUGCCUCAGUUAGAAAGAUAUUUUGGUCCGUAUCGAUUUUUGAGCGUCCGUUGGAGCCCUCUUCGAUCAUACCAGGAAGCAAGUAUACGAGCCUAUUUAGAAGUUAUAGGAAAUGAUAAAACAAUUAAUUACCUUAUUUUUUCCAAUUUAAUUGAAAGAAUUAAACCUGUUGAUCCAGAUAUGGCUCAGAUGCUUAUUAUUGGAUAUAGAUGA